AUGAUGGGCCUCCCGGCCCUGCCUCGCAAGCUCCCAUCCCGCAAUUGGCUCAUCUUCCUGUCUAUAUCCACCUCCUUUGCCGCCGCAAUCAUCUACGACAAGCGCGAGAAAAACCGCGCGACAGCCAAGUGGCGCCGAGCCGUUGCGCCCCUCUCCCAAGAGCUGCUCACGAAUGCCAGCCAGCUUCCGCGCAAGCUCACCGUCUAUCUGGAAUCGCCUCCUGGUGAUGGCCUGCGCACCGCUCAAGACCACUUCAUCGAAUACGUCAAGCCCAUUCUGGCAGCUUCCGGCCUCGAUUGGGAGUUCGUCCAGGGCCGACAGCAGGGAGAUGUGAGAGCGGCCGUUGCCGAGAAGAUUAGAAGAUCAAGAAAGGCCCAUGAGCGGCCGGACGAGGAAUUACCACAGACAGAUGAAGCCAUUGUGGAGAAUCAGAGGAAGAAAAUCGGGCUAGCAGAAUAUGGCGGCGUCAAGGGCGAUAUCGUCAUUGGCCGGCAUACGUGGAAAGAGUAUGUUCGAGGCUUACACGAGGGAUGGCUGGGACCUCUCGACCCCCCGCCCUUGCCUGUUGUCGAAACUCUCGAGGACAAGUCCGAGCCUGAAACCCCAUCUACAGAAGGCGAGGGUGACAAGAAGCCCGAAGACAAGAAGCCCGAAGAAGAAGAAAAGAAAGACGAAACACCAAAGCGCCCUCCGCAGCCGCGCCCUCACAACUCCUCUGAUGACUAUCCCUCCGCAAGCCUCCCUGCCAUCAUCCCCGCCGAAUUCUCACCUUCCACCGCCAUUGCAUUCCCUCACCGCCUCGGCUUCCGCCACACUUUUGUCCGCCUGGGCCGCUUCUUGACCCGCCGUCACUUGGCAGACGACAUCGGCCGAGAAGUCGCCGCGGUGUGCUUCGCCGCUGCGCGCGAGUGGCGCGAGGCCGACGGCCAAUACGAGCAGCAGCUCGUCCUAAAGCAGGAGGAAGACGACUGGCCCAAGUUCGUUUGGAAGGACGAAGAACCCGCAGCCGAUGAAAAGGAGAAGAAGGCCGCUGAGCCGCCGAAGGAGAAGAUCUGGGCUUCUCCAAUGGUAGUAGACUCACGCAUUGCGGAACGGAUGCGUCGCUUCCAGAUUCAGCCCGAGGAUGAGGCUCGUGCGAAGGAAAUUGUCGUUCCCGAGGCAGAGAUUGAGGGUUGGAUCAAGCGUAAUCUGAGGAGCUUGUAUCACUGGGGCGCGAGCUCAUUCGCGAGCAAACCUCAGGGCCCCAACGUGGGAAAUCUGGAUGAUGACUGA